UCUCCUGAGGCGGCUGUACACGCUCUGUAUGGCCCUCUGCACUUCAACACCAUGCCGAUUACGGUACACAUCGAUGGAUCCUGCGUCAAAACACCGUACGCGAGUGCUGGCGCAGGGGUGUUCUGGGCGAGGGGAGCUGCCAAGAAUGUGUCUGCACGCGUGCCCGGUAAACAGACGAACAACAGAGCCGAACUCUACGCCGUCCUACUGUGCUUACUCGAUUCCGAUCCCCUACGCAACCUCCGGAUUGUGACCGACUCUGAAUACGCUAUUCGACUCUGCUGCUACGGCGCGCCCAAGGCUGCUGAGCGGGGAUGGGACAAUGACCUUAUGCUCCAAGAUGUUGUGGCACUUCUCCGAGCACGUCUUGCGCGUACCCAUUUUGUCUGGGUUAAAGGUCACAGCCGUCAUGAUGCUAACGAUGCCGCGGAUGCCUUGGCAAAAGCAGGUACAUCG